UCAACUCAACUUCUUCUUCACAACACGUUCCAUCUUCACAUCUGUUUGCCAACAUGAGCGCGCCUAAAGCUGUUGCAGAGAAUAUGCUCUGGGGUGGUCGAUUCACCCGUUUGUCUCCCCUGCCUUGCUCAAUGGCUUUGUCUGCAACUAACACGUACCUUUUUGCUCGUUACAGAGGGUCUCGACCCCCUAAUGGUCCAGUACAACGAGUCCCUGCCUUAUGAUCGCAUCUUCUGGAGACAGGAUAUUGCUGGCUCCAUUGCCUUUGCCCGUGCCAACAUCAAGACCGGCAUCCUAUCCCAACAGGAAUUUGCCGAAAUCGAACGCGGGUUCAAACAGAUUGCCGAGGAAUGGAGCACAAACAGCUUCGUUGUGAAGGAAAAUGACGAGGAUAUCCACACUGCCAACGAGCGCCGCUUGUCGGAAAUCAUUGGCAAGGAUAUUGGAGGCAAAUUGCACACCGGUCGGUCUCGUAAUGAGCAGGUUGCCACGGACAUGCGGCUUUGGCUCCGCGAUGAACUGCGCAAGCUUGACCAAUUCCUGUGCGAUCUCAUCAAGGUCUCCAUUGCGCGUGCCGAGUCGGAAAUCGACUACCUCAUGCCUGGCUACACUCACUUGCAGAAAGCCCAGCCCGUCCGCUGGAGUCACUGGAUCCUCUCGCAUGCCACCGCAUUUGCUAGCGAGUUGCAGCGUUUGCGGGAGGUGACCAAGCGGGUCAACCGAAGCCCUCUCGGUACCGGCGCCCUCGCUGGAAACCCCUUCCACAUUGACCGUGAGGCUAUGGCCAAGGAGCUGGGCUUCGAAGGCCUUUUGUACAACUCGAUGAAUGCUGUGGCCGACCGUGACUUUGCCAUGGAGACCAUGCAAUGGGGCAGCUCGUUCAUGCUGAAGAUCUCUCGCUGGGCCGAGGAUCUCAUCAUCUACAGCAGCUUGGAGUUCGGCUUUGUCCGCUUGUCGGACGCUUACUCGACUGGUUCGUCGUUGAUGCCUCAGAAGAAGAACGCAGACAGCCUGGAGCUUCUGCGUGGGAAGUCAGGCCGUGCUUUCGGCCAGAUGGCUGGCUUGAUGUGUACCAUCAAGGGCCUUCCCACCACCUACAACAAGGAUUUGCAGGAGAGUGUUGAGCCUCUCCUCGAUCACAUCAAGACCGUUGGCGACAGCAUUCAGAUUGCCACCGGCGUUCUCUCCACCCUCACGGUGAUCCCCGAAAAGAUGAUUGCCGCUCUUGCUCCCGAGAUGCUGGCCACGGAGAUUGCCGACUACCUCGUCCGCAAGGGCGUGCCGUUCCGUGAGGGUCACCACAUCUCUGGUCGGGUCGUUGCCCUGGCUGAGAAGUACCAAGUGCCCAUGGAUACGCUGUCCUUGGAACAGCUCAAGACCGUGGACGCUCGCUUCGACGACGACGUACAAGCUUGCCUGGAUUAUGAGCGUGCUGUUGAGCUCAAGGAUGCAGUCGGCGGGACGAGUCGUCGGGCUGUGUUGGAGCAGACUGGCGUUCUUAAGGGGUUGUUGUAAGAUAUCAUUGGGCUUGGCUAUGGGAUUUCUGUUUCGGGGCGAACAAAAGCAUGGGGUUUCUAUAUCAUUUAAUAUCUAGAGCGCAAUCCUUCGGGUUAGAAUUGGCCUCGUUUCUCACUAUGACAACGAAUAUUUCCACCUAUUAAGCAU